AGAGACCAGUAUAAACCGUGGCGGGAGAUUCAUUUUCGGGGUUUUGUCCAGGGAAACACUCUCAGCUAGAAAACCAUUUGGUUGCUUUCAUCUCCUCGAGUUUGAGUAUGGUGCGGACUAAAGCAGACAGUGUCCCAGGCACCUACAGAAAAGUGGUGGCUUCUCGAGCCCCCAGGAAGGUGCUUGGUUCCUGCACCUCCGCUAAUUCCAGGUCCCCUUCAUCGAGGAAAGCUGAAAAUAAAUAUGCAGGAGGGAAUCCAGUUUGUGUGCGCCCAACUCCUAAAUGGCAAAAAGGAAUUGGAGAAUUCUUCAGCCUGUCCCCUAAAGAUUCUGAAAAAGAGAAUCGGAUUCCUGAAGAGGCAGGAAGCAGUGGCCUAGGAAAAGGAAAGAGAAAAGUACGUCCUUUGCCACCUGAUCAUACAGAUGAUGAAGAAGAAUAGAACUUUUUUAUUCAUCCUUGACUAAUGUCUUAUACUUACUCUGGUGUCCUAGGAUGUAAAUUUGCAUAAAUGUAUUUGUAUCAGUUAGCAUUGUUGAAUAGACAUUUAAUUUAAAAAUGAGGGUUACAUAUAGUUAUUAAAAAGCAAGUAGUUAUGAUAUUGGAAGAUUUAUGAGAUGAUUAUGGUUACUUAACCUUAGUAUUCAAUAUAAUGCAGUAUUUGGUUUCUUUUGCCUGUUAUUAAGCUUGUUCUUACUAAAAAUAAAUCAUUGUAUGUUUUGUACAACAAAUUUGCUGUAUUUAUGAUUUGCUUAUAUCUUUGUACAGCUGCCAUUUUUUAUUGGCCUUAGAUUUUUGGAAUGGUGCCAUAUUUUCCUUUUUAUUUGAUUUAAAAAGCAGGGUUAGAUUUCUGCACAUUAAAAAAAAUCAGUAUUAAUUAAACUACACCUAUAUUCUUUUUAAGAAUGGGGGCCAAAGAUGCAAUGUCAAAAAAACUUGAUGGCUAUGCGUCUUCUCCUUAGACAAAUGUAAAGGCCAUUUGGUCCUGAGGGUUUCAGACAGGAAGAUUUAAUAGACUAUGUUAAAAGAGAAGGACUUUCUUAGAAUGUGCAUUUGAUUUGGUAUAAUAGAAUAUUACCCUCUGGACAUCACUAAAACAUGAAAGGCAAAUAAUGACAUAAACCCAGAGCUAUGUCUAAAGUUCUUAAAGCUACCAUUAUAUUUUUCAAUGGGGUAUAAUUGAAGAGGUGGAUAUAAUAUUACUUAGUAACAGUAAUUCUUGCUUGCUUGCUCAUUACACUUUUUUGAUCACUGACAUCCGAUGUCAAAACUAACCAGGUUUUA